AUGGGCAAUUAUACAGUUCCUUUUGUAGGGAUGAUUCUUGCGGAGUUUGUUCAAGUUGCGUUAAUCAUGUUAAGCAAACGAGUCAUGGCACAAGGAAUGAACAGUUUAAUAUUCAUUUUCUACUCCAAUUCCAUCGCUGCCCUUGUUCUUCUUCCAUCUUCUUUCUACAUCCACAGAUUUCAACGUCCUCCUAUCACGUUUUCUACCCUUUCUGGAUUCUUCUUACUUGGACUACUCGGGUAUUUAGCGCAGGUUUUUGGAUAUGCUGGGAUUUACUACAGCUCAUCAACACUUGCUACUGCCAUGCUCAAUCUUAUUCCUGGUUUUACCUUCAUACUUGCCGUUCUUUUUAGAAUGGAACAAUUAGAUUGGAAAAGCUAUAGCAGCCUAGCAAAAUCAUUGGGAACAAUAGUGUCAAUUGCCGGUGCUUUUAUUGCGACUUUGUACAAGGGUGCUGCACUUCUGAAGGGACCAUCAUCACCUGCAAACGUAUCUCAUCAGCUAGCUUUCUCACAAGAUACUAGUUGGAUAAUUGGCGGAUCAUUUCUUGCAGGUGAUUGCGUGAUGGCUUCAGCAUUUCUAAUAGUACAGGCUUCUAUUAUAAAGAAAUAUCCAGCAGGGUUGAUUGUUGUAUUCUUUUAUUGUUUCUUUGUGGCCAUUCUAUCUGCCGUGACAUGUUUGGUUUUGGAAAGAGACGUCAAUGCUUGGAGCUUGGAACCCAAGCUAAGGUUGCUAUCAGUUUUAUACUCGGGAUUGUUUGGCUCUGCAUUUCAAGUUGGUGUGACUACUUGGUGUUUGCACCAGACCGGACCUGUUUUUGUUUCCAUGUUUAAGCCAUUAGGAAUUGUCAUAUCGGUGGUUGUAGGUGUUGUCUUCCUUGGUGAUGCAUUCUAUCUCGGAAGUUUGAUUGGUGCUACCGUGAUUGUUAUUGGGUUUUAUUCUGUAUUGUGGGGGAAAUCCAAAGAUAUUGAAGCGAGAAGCUUGGAAUCAAGAGGCAACCAGGCCCCUCUUUUGACGGAAAACCGCAGUGAAGACAUAUAA